AUGAGGGAGACGAAGAAGUUGGACUAUGUUGCUGUCACUCCAGAGUCCUCCACUAAUAUGAUGGGUAGCUCUCGAACUGGGAAAGCCUUUCAGAGUUGCCCUGAAUUGAGUCAAGGAGGCCAGGCUUCUCUGCCCCUGCAUCAGUCAGUCAUUGGAUGUGACACUGGGGAAGAGGGCAGGAGCUUGAAGCAGGUUUGGCUUCCUUCAGCUAAGUACAGUCUCUGGAGGGGAGCUCAACUCACCGCUGUCGAGGUCCAACACCGCCAGCAGCUUGGUUCUGAUAGGGGAGGGAGAAGUGUUGGCGGCACACCACGGUAUCCACUGAUUGAGCCAAGGGCAGGGGCAAUCGGUGCUGGAGGACCCGGAGCCGUGAGAGCUGAAGAAAUGUCACAGCUUAGCGAGAGACACAGGUCUGGGGCUCCCACUUGA